UCUUGUGAAACACACGGUCGAGACCGGAGGUUGGAACUAGAUUAUUCGGCUUCAUUUCAAUUGCAACGUAGAAUUUGCAUGCCUAAAAGUUCAUUCAGUUUUUGUUCUAAAACUGUUGAUUAAAGUAGUAUAUCGAAUUUUAGAUGAUUUUUUGUUGCUAUUUUACAGUGUUUUUGAGUGACUCAACUUCCAUGAGAUAUUUGUUAGCGCAUGAAAAUAAAGUGAAUAAUUAAUAAAAUUUCAAAGCUAAAACUAUGAAUCGUAACGUCAGUUUUAAAACACAGUGUUUGAAGCAAUCAUCAUCUGUCGAUGAUAGCCCCGGUUCCAACUUACCUUGAAACAACAAUUAAUAUUCAAUACUCUUUAUCUGUUGCAGAGGCAUUCUGUAGUCUCGCCAUGAAAUAUUGAUUAUCACCACCGUCCAUACAUCCUUCUAAGUGAAGAAAAAGACAACCGAAGCACACAAAAUUAGGUCACACCAACGACGAGUCGUAGAAGAGCAAACAGGCAAAUUUACGGGUCCAUUUUUACAGCACUAGGCUACACACACUCAUUUAGUCAAAGCUGUGCCUUCAUAAAACCUUCAGGUGAAAUCAUCAAGAUGAGUCAUCAAAGCGUCGACAAACAAUCCAACACAGACACUGAUAAGCCGCAAUCAAGUGGUGCAAAGAAUCCAAAUGAACUAUCCGCUGCUAUAGGUGCUCUUACCUUAAAAACCGAAGCUCUACCGCCAAUUUUCAAGUUGUACCUGUACAAAGAUUGUUGGGAAGAAAUAUUCGAUUGGCUAUCGAUCGAUGAUAUCCAUUCAUUUGGUCAAACUUGCACGACGCUUUAUCAAGUAGCCGGAGAAUAUUUCCGAUGGAAAUACCGAAGAGUGCUUGGUCGUGUCUACAACGAUUCAAUGACUAUUGACUGGAAAGAUUUGAAUGGGUUCAAUGAAUUCACUCGGCGAUUGUCAUUCUAUGGCUGUGAGCCAGAUUUAUCGCUUAACUAUGCCUUGGACAAUUGUAAAUCGGCCAAAGAGAUGGAAAUCGUCAAUGCGAGUUCUAGUGAGCUUGAUAUCAAAUCUUUCGAGAGCAUGCUGAGCAAAAUAGACAUCAUGGAAAUCGGCAAUUUCCGUCUCUCCGGUGAAUUUCUUGAAUCAUUCUUGGAACCGUGUGUUACAUUGAGACGUUUAUCAAUUACCGUAAGUCCGGGAAAUGGUUGGUUGCGUCACAAAUAUCCAAAACUAGAGCAUUUGGAACUGUUUGAGUGUGAUCCAUCGGAAGACAACGACCUGAAAAUAUUUUUUGAACAAAAUCCAAAUGUAUGGAGUUUCUCGACUACGCCCGAACUUCUCCUAAGGAACCGAGACAUGUUUAUGGCCAGCAACAUUGACAUGGAUGAUCUGUCAAUCUGGAGAGUUUAUGAUAUUGAUUUAAUUGCCGUUGCUCUCAUCGAACUUUAUCAACGCGGUUUUUACAAACGACUUCACAUUCAAAUCACUUCAGCCGAACAUCUGGCUCAAUUACCGGGACUUGAUACAUUGAAUGUCAAUACUUACGACUACAUUAAAAUGCCUUCUCUGCCAACAGUAAAAAAACUAAGUUUCCAAGCUCUUUGGAAUGGAUUGAAUUCUUCGAUGGACAUAGACGAGGUAUCAUUAGCAUUAAACAACCUUGAAAGUGUUUCUAUGGAAGAAACAAGCGCCGAAUAUAUGUUGCCAUUCAUUCAAAAAUCGGCGAAACUAAAAGAAAUAAAAAUGGAAUAUUUACGAGACGAUGUCGAUCUGUUGGCCAUGAAUAGCGACCGCAAGAAACUGGAAGGGGCACGCAAAGUAACCAUUUACUUUGAAGAAAGAGAUUACUUGAAACUUAAAUGGAAGUACGGCAAAACCGACUUCGGUUUAAUCGAAAUUAAACGCAAAGAGUCUUACGACGGCGAUCCAUGUUUUGAAUAUUUUUAGGAAGAUUGAAGGAAAAAUAGUUCAAGGAGAAUGUUUUGAAAACUUUAUUUUUGGAAAAAUAUUUUCUAUCCAUUUUGUCACAAUUGUUAUACUAAUCUGCUAGGUCAAAAUAAAUUGAACCUGUAAUAAAUUUUCAGAACCAAA